CAGGGCGCAGACCGCCCGGGUCUCUGUCUCUGACAGGGACGCCCUGUCAGAGACGGGGGACGCCAGAGACUCGCCGGCGCCAACUCGCCCAGCGCGCCGGCAGCCCCGCGUCCGGGUCAAUCGCAGGGCCGCAGCCCCUUCCGGCAGACCAGAGGCUGGGAGCCGAGGGGGCUCGGCCCGAGCCACGCUCCCAUUGGCUGAGACCGCACCGCCCAGACCAAGUUGAGCUGUUCCCGCACCUGUGAGCGGCAGAGGCUCCGGGCCUUCCCCGGCCGCGGGCCCACCACCAACCCAGCAUCUCCGGCCUGCUCCCGCGGCGCCCCCAACUUGCUCGGUCCUCCUCCUCCCCCGGUCCUGCGGCCUCUGCGGUCCUCCAGUAACAGCCGGCUCAGCUCCUGCUCAAGGAAACUGGACCGGCGGCCUGACUGCUGUCCAGCAUCCUUCCCGAGGGCGCAGCUUGAGGGGAGGAAGCACUCCCCCUCCCCCCCAACCAAGUCCCCGAGAACAGAGCCUCGUGGAGGACGCGGCAGGAGGACGAGGGAUGAGGGAACAACCAGAGAGAUGCGAGCGAAGCUUUUAGGCCAGCCUUCCUGAACUGGAGGGGGUGUGGCAUGCAUUAAAAUUAAACAUCAAUGACCUGAGAAGCUUAUAAAAUAGCUUGGGAGAAGCCAGUCACCAAGAGAAGGCAUCUCGAAUUGGAUGAUUUUGCAUGUGGAAACUGCUUUCAUCUUGAUAAAAAAGGUCCACCUCCAGCCACCCAGCUCCAAGAUGGUCCCAGCUCUGCUGCUGCUGCUUCCUGCCCUGGCUGGACUCUUAGGAGCAGCUGAGGGACAGGCUUUCCAUCUCGGGAAAUGCCCAAAUCCUCCAGUGCAGGAGAACUUUGACGUGAAUAAGUAUCUUGGAAGAUGGUAUGAAAUUGAGAAGAUCCCAGUGAGCUUUGAGAAGGGAAGUUGCAUCCAAGCCAACUACUCGCUAAUGGAAAACGGAAACAUCAAAGUGAUAAACAAGGAGCUGAGAGCUGAUGGAACUGUGAAUCAAAUUGAAGGUGAAGCCACCCAGGAGAACAUCACGGAGCCUGCCAAGUUGGCAGUUAAGUUUUUCUGGUUCAUGCCAUCAGCUCCAUACUGGGUCCUGGCCACCGACUAUGAGAACUACGCCCUCGUGUACUCCUGUACCACAAUCAUCUGGCUUUUUCACAUGGAUCAUGUUUGGAUCUUGGGAAGAAACCCUUAUCUCCCUCCAGAAACAGUGACCUAUCUCAAAGAUAUCCUGACCUCUAAUGACAUUGACAUUGAGAAAAUAGCUGUCACAGAUCAGGUGAACUGCCCCGAGUUCCUAUAACCAGGCUCUAAAGGGAGGCUGCAUUCACUCCAUGUUCCUUCCUUUGCUUUGCUUUUCCCCUACACCACCCCCCUCAUAAAGACAAACCAAACCACCACAGCAAACUAUUACAAAUACCAGAAGGGAAAUGUGACAGCAGAAGCUAGUGGAGAGGAACUCAAGGCAAGUUGGCCCAAACACUUAGCCAUGCACCAUCCUGUUACCUUGCAAGCCUGAUAAUAAAUUUGCUGCUGACCUGCUGUGCUCACAGUAGACUACAAA